GUUCGCACCCGGGGCCGGGCGGGUUUUCCCUUCCCGGAGGGCGGGAGGGUUCGCAUCCGGGGCUGGGGAACCCCCAGGAGGAAGGGGGCCGGGUCUGAAGGAGCCUUUUCCCGCAGAGCGGCAGCGUGAGCCCCGGCCCGGGCCAUGGCCGAGCCCGCCGGAGGGGCCGGGCAGCGCCCGCCGCCCGCGGGGCGCAGGAGGUGACGGACUCCUCAUGAGAACCCCCACCAGGGGGACCUGGAGACUCAUCCUGUGUACUCCUGAUCCUGUACCCCCACCAGCCCAGCAGCUUGGGGACCACGGGCCAGGCUGGGGGUGACCACAUGCCUUGCAGGUGCUCACGGGACGCCAGCGAUCGCUGUGUGCUGAGGCCGGCACAGAGACAUGAGUGGCAGCGCGAGCCAGCGCGCCGCCGCCCUGGGGGUCCUCUUUGCCCUGAUCAUGUUGCUGAUCAUCUACAGCUCUGGCAACGGGAACGAGGUCUUCCCCUACAGCCGCCUGCGGGGCAGAGCCCGCCGGCCCCCCGACCUCAAGAAGUGGGGGGUGAAAAGCGGGUACCUGCCCGUCUGCGGGAACAAGACCCUGACUGCCCGCUGCCACCAAUGCGUCAUCGUCACCAGCUCCAGCCACCUCCUGGGCACCCACCUGGGCGCGGUCAUCGAUGGGGCUGAGUGCACCAUCCGCAUGAACGAUGCUCCCACCACAGGCUACAAUGCUGAUGUGGGCAAUAAGACCAGCUUCCGCGUGGUGGCCCACUCCAGCCUCUACCGUGUCCUCAAGCGGCCCCAGGAGUUUGUCAACAAGACCCCAGAGACCAUCUUCAUCUUCUGGGGGCCGCCCAUCAAGAUGCAGAAGAGCCUCCUGAAGAUCAUCCAGCGUGUCUGCACCUCGUUCCCCAACAUGACAGCCUACGUUGUCUCCCCUGGCCGCAUGAAGCAGUUUGAUGAUCUGUUUCGGGGAGAGACAGGGAAGGACAGGGAGAAGUCUCGCUCGUGGCUCAGCACUGGCUGGUUCACCAUGGUGAUCGCGGUGGAGCUGUGCGACGCCGUCCACGUCUAUGGCAUGGUGCCACCCAGCUACUGCGGCCGCCACCCCCCACCCCGCCGCCUGCCCUACCACUACUACGAGCCAAAGGGCCCCGACGAGUGCACAACCUACAUCCACAACGAGCGCAGCCGCAGGGGCAACCACCACCGCUUCAUCACGGAGAAGAGAGUCUUUGCCAGCUGGGCCGGCCUCUACAACAUCACCUUCUCCCACCCCACCUGGACCUAGGGGGUGCCCCACACCUGCUGGGCAGACCCCUGGAGCUGGGAUGGAUGGGGGUUCCCCUGCAUCCCCCUGGGAGCAGUGGGAGUCUGGCACCAGGGUGCCACCAGCCGCCUCUCACAGGACGCCUGCUGUUGUGCGCGGUGGCUCCUUGCACCUGGGAUGUAUUGGGUUUUGAGCUGGUUUUUGGGGACCAAGUGGUGAAUGUAAGAUUUGGGGUGUUCCCCCUUCCGUGUGCAGGAUACUUGGGCAUGAUGUCCUGCCCCAUCCUGGUCCACGCACAUUGCAGCCCCUGUGAGCCUGUAAGGGGGUUCCAGGUGCCCUCGGCUCAGUUUUGGUUUGCUCCAGUUCUGGGGUCACCACAGAGACUGUUUCCCCCAACUGUCUGGGUGGGGAGACCCCCUCUUGGAGCUCAGCCCCCUCUGCGAUCCCCAGCCCCCUCAUCCCAGUCCUCAGUCAUCCUUCCCACAGCAGAACCCCACAGUUUUUGGUGGGACCCCAUGGGAUGACAUUGUCAUCCUCCCUGUCCCAGCACCCCAAAAACACCUGCCCCUCCCAGCACCGCUGUGCCCCACACUGCCAAAACCUCUUCUAGCUGAAAGAUGGGAUUUGGGGGUUUUCUGGAGGUUUUGGCUUUUUUUUCUCCCUGCUUCUAAUCCUGUGGUUUAUAUUUGGGUUUCCUGAAUGAAGGAAUGAGCAGGGGCUGCUCAUUAGUGGUAACAAAAGGCCAGCAGCUGACUAUGAACAAUUUGGAAGUGGUCAGGUGGUGAGGGGCAGUGGUGCCUCUUGGCACCUUGUGGCUGGGACAGGACUUUGUUAUUAACGUCUCAGCAGCAGAGAAGUUGAUCUGGGGAAAGCACCUAAAUAUGGUGUGUUUGGGGGCUGAGCCUUGGCAGGAAUCCCUUCCUCAGUUUCCCUCUGGCUGUGGCUGGGGUUUUGGGGGGCUCGGUGCUGGGGGAAGCAGUGGAGCACCCAUGUUUUGUAAUUGUUUGUACAGGAAUAAACAUUGCUGCAGUCUGUUACCUUGA